AUUUAUGUUGCUUAUUUUCCAACAAUAUGGCGGCUGUUACUGUAGCAGAAACACCUUCUGGGAAGGAAGUAUUUGCUGAAGGGUUAUUGCAGUUGUUAAAGCCCGCAGUUCAACAGCUUGACCAGCAUGUUCACGCUGUAAGGGAAAGUCAAGUUGAAUUACGAGAACAUAUCGAUAAUCUAGCCAUAGAGCUGACUAGGAUAAAUGAAGACCAGAAGGUUGUGCUGGAUUUGGAUCCGUAUGUGAAAAAGCUUUUGAAUGCUAGACGUAGAGUUGUUCUGGUCAAUAAUAUCCUGCAGAAUGCUCAGGAGCGUCUGAGGCGUUUGAAUCACAGUGUUGCCAAGGAAACAGCCCGUCGAAAGACUAUGUUAGAGUCUGGCACAUAUCUUUCUGGCUCUCCAAACAGAUGAAAACCUAGAUAUGUAGACUGUCAUACCACAAGACAAAGCCUGGCAGGCCAGCAUCAAGUGUUUCACAUGCAGUGAAAUGAAAUUGCAGAGAAAUAGACUGGAUUUUCCUGCUAAUGGUUCCAGGCCAUAGGGAUAUAGAAUUUAUAUUCUGGGUUUGGGAAAUCCAUUAUUUGUUCUUAUCUAACAAUAAUGCUUCUGCAGAUGUGUAAAUUUCCAAAUGUGAAAUCAAUAAAGACAUUCUUUUGCCUUCUUGUGAAGGGUAAGCAGCAAUUUUGUCCUGCAAAUGGCUAAUCUUGCAUAAGAGUGCAUUUUCAUUGUUUUUAUUCAUCCAUACUAUUUUGAAGCAAAGACAGGAGAAUGGAGGGUACACCUGCACAGAGGUUAUUGGCAAAACCUAUGCAGAUUUAGAGGCUAUAGUUUUUUUUCAGCAUCCUCUCAUGUUUACUGUUAUUGCAAGUAAACAGACUUUUCUAGUUAACACUGGUAUUGUUUCUCCUGAUUUGGUGUUUGGUGGUGCUUCUAAAUGGGUUAACAAAAUCUGCAUGUGAGCUGUAGCCUGUUUGGUGUUUAUUUUCCUACAAGCUGCUCUUGUAUACUGUGCAGUUUUUGAACCAAUCUCUUGACCAGGCUACAUCACCGAGGAAACAAUCACUUUGGUGGUUCUUUUUAUAGAUAACAUUGAUUUGUAUGAAAACAGAAUCUGCAGAUCUCUACAUGUUUAAGCUGAAAAGCUUUAAUUUAAUAAGAUGCGUUUUUAUGCUAAUUUCUUUAACAUUUCCAGGUGAUAUAACAUAAUGUAACAGUUAUGUAUGCAUUAAACUUGGAUUUAUUUUACCACCAGUUUACAUAUGCAUUAAACUUGGUUUUAUUUUACCACCAGUUUGCAUAUGCAUUAAACUUGGAUUUAUUUACACUAGUUUGCAUAUGCAUUAAACUUGGAUUUAUUUUACCUGCUGCCUGUUGUUUGCUGCCUACUUUGCCUUUCGAUAUUUUAAAUUGUGACUGCUGUGUUUCCAUACUUGGAUUUAUUUUACCUGCAGCCUGCUGUUUGCUGCCUAUUUUACCUGUGGAUGUUUUGAACUGUGACUGCUGUGUUUCCACACUGGUGCUUUUUUCUGCACUUAGUUUUGAUUUCUGGCUACUAGUGUGGUUUGUCUGCUGGUGGAAUUUUUGUGUUUUACAUAAUGUAACAGUUCUUUCAACACCUGCUGUUUGUAUAUGAAAGGGAUGCCACAGAUGACUUGGUGCUGGACAUAAUAAUUCAUCUUGGGCUUUCUGAUUGUUCCACAUGAGGAUCUCAAAU